UUACAGCGCUCGAACAGAUUCGAAACAGCGUGUAUGUCCCCGAAUCUCCCAUCGCGCCCCUAUCGCAGUCUCUCGCUUUCUGCUUUGCUUCCUGCGCUGCCCAUGGCCUCAUGAGCCUCGACCGCUACACAGUUACACUAGAGCAGACGUCAUCUGACCAGUUUUGCAGGCUAUUCUUCAGCAACCCAGUAUGGACCGGCGCCAAUACCAUCCCGUCCACCUUGAUCAGGAACAUCACUGCGAUUUCUAGCUCUCUCGCAUACCAGGAUACUCUAACAACAAACCUAACAACCUUGACCACAACUAACAUUCAGACCCGCAACGGCAUCAUCCAAGGCUUUCUCUAUGUUCCUGACAUUGCCCCGACCAACCCGUGCUACGAGCAGCAGUACGAGUUCAUCCCGCGAAACACGACCACCCAAGCAGAACUUCCCCCCUCGAACUAUAACCUCAUCGCUCUAGCGCCAUGGUUCAACGCAACCUGUACCCAGGCCUACCUGGCUGCUGCUCGCCUCGACCCCAUCCGGGGCUUCAUCUUCUAUCGCCCGAACAACUCUACCAGGGAGCCUCAAGGCGUCAACUCGCCCAUAUGGGAUCUCGACGAUGAUGGAGCAUGGCACACCCAGAACCACUUCCCCGUCUUCGCCGUCUCCGGAAAUGAGGGCGCCAAGAUGAUGGUCCAGCUGUCCUUGUACUCUGGCGCCCCCAAUACGAUCCCCUUUGCCCCCGAGAUCGCCGAGCGAUACGAACCGAACGACCGCGAUUUCAUCCGUGUCUGGACGGAACUAUCCAUCCACGAUGCGCAGAACUUACCUGCCAUGUGGACAUGGAUCCUAAUCGUCAUUGGCGCGCUCCUUUUCGUCGUCGCCUGUGUGUCCAUCACAAUGCACCUCAUCCAGCGACACCGCCGUGCCUCUCUCCGACGGAGGGUUAUCAGCGGCGAGGUCGACCUCGAGGCCAUGGGCAUAAAACGAAUGACAGUACCCCCAAGCCACAUCCAGACCUUCCCGCUCUUCACCUACAGCUUCCAGCCGGACUUGAUCAGGUCCCCGUCCAUCGCAGCUACCCGGUCCUUACGUUCAUCCCGCAGCGUCCGGACCGACCAUCGCGCCAUGUCCAUGUCCGACUUCAGGUCGACUUCGAGGACUCGUCGAUCGAGCAUAACCAGUUCCGCCAACACUGUAGCCACAAACUACCAGCCGCACUGCCACAUCUGCUUGGAGCAAUACGAAGACCGCGAGACCAUUAUACGGGAGCUGGUCUGCGGUCACAUCUUCCACCCCGAAUGCAUCGACGAGUUCCUGGGCUUGAACAGCUCUCUGUGUCCCAUCUGCAAGAAGAACAUGCUCCCUCGCGGCUACUGCCCCAAAAUCACCAACGGGAUGGUACGCCGUGAGCGGGCCAUCCGGAAGCUUCGGGAAAGAGUGGUGCUGGACGAUUCGGAUGUCGAAGAAGGGGAGGCCAAGAAGCGGAAAUGGACAGAGUGGAUUUUCCACAAGGAACCGUCGCCGCCUCCGAGAUCUGGCGUGAAAAUGACACCGGUGACACCGGUCAAGGAUUCUCCGGCUCCAACCGCGGGAGCAGACUCCCAGACGCAGACGCGAAGAGAACCCUCUCAGACGCCACCGGUGCAACGGACACUGGAGCCGCACCAGGAAGACGCGCAGGAAGACGCACCACAGACCGAGGGAGGAGAUGGUGGACCGGAGCGACAACAGCAGCAGCGACAAGUUCAGACCCCUCGACCCCCAGCGACCAUCCACCAUUCGAAGAAAUCGAAACGACGAAUGGAUCAACAUCGGAACCCCCAUCUGCAAGCUCCCCAUACUGCCGACCCGCCACUAUCAGCCCCCCGUCACCCCGGAGGCCGGAAGAGUCCGUCUGUUCUGGCACGCCAGAGGAUGCGAACGCUUGCCGGUACGCCUCUGGAUGAUCCCGAUGGCAGGAGUCCGCUAUGUAAGAAAACCCCCCCUUGGCCCCUCAAAACUGCGCCAUGUGUCGGAUCGUCCUCACAUGCUAACCGAGAACUUUAGGGAAACGGGCCUUCACCAAAGUUUUCCCGGGUUUCACCUGAGGAGACAGACUCCCGUUCCGCGUCAAAACUGUGUAUGCGGCGUCUUACUGCGAUGGGUGGUCCGGCAUGGGGAAAACGGCGUUUUGGCUGAGCCUCCCUCUGGCUUCACCGCAGGGAUGAGCUGAGGAGCGUGUCUUUUUGGGUGGCUGAAACAAUUGGGAAUAUGUCGUGGACCCUUCAAAAACAAAAUCCCGUAGGGUAAGGACGGGCGUGGCGUUUUUGUUUCUGGGUUUUUUUUCACCUUUUUUUCUCUAGCUAUUUACUCGGCAUCGACGUCGUGGGGUCUGGUAUUCAGGGCCGUUCGCGGCGGAAUGAGGGCAUGGGUUUUGGUCGGAUAUAUCAUAUACCCGCUAUAUCGGGAG